AUGUUUUCCUACUACAUGCCCAAGGUCCGCUGGGGUAAGGGCAACAACGAAGGUCAUAGACACUACUGGGCCAGCGUUGUAGUCUGGUUGAACCAGUUUGGCUGCGGGGAAGACGCCUCAUCCGUGUCGCCUGUGGGUGUGUCAUUUACGACCGAUCAUCUUGUCUGGGAUACUGCACCGGCGGGCAAGAUUUCGUACGCUUCCUCGGGAGUCGGUGUGGAUACGCCGACACACCCCAAAAUGCAGAUUCACGACAACGCCUUCUCCCCAUUCACGGGUGCUGAUGGAGACAAGGUGUUUGAGCGCACAGCCAUCAGCUGGUUUUCUCUUCCCGCGGCUGCGCAGAAAGCUUUGUCGGAUGUCAAAUACGAAAAGACUCAAGUGCCAUUCACCGACGCCAACUUCCAGGCUCACCUGGACGCCGCAUACCGAGAGAGCUUUUACGGCGGGCUUACAGACCAGGAGGGGUGCUUCAGUCAAGAGGCUGGAUCCAGUGUGAAAGAGGAUCCGAUCAGCAAUUCGCCCCCUAAGGACAAGGAGCCAGCUGGUGCUCCGCCUCCGAGCGGCGAGAAGGGGCCCACGAAUGCGCAGUGA